GUUUCAUGAAUGUGGGCAGCAACACACUACAAGCUCUGGCCCAGCUGCACGGUGGCUUCCUGGGAAUGGAUGAAAGCGGUGUAUUGCUUGAUGAAGGCCACCUGGUGGAUAACCUGGGCGCCCCCAUUCCCCUCCCUUCCCCCUCCCGGUCCUCGCCACGCUCUCAAGGUUCUGAAAAUGGAGAACGCUUCUCUCGUAAAGUCUUUGUCGGUGGACUCCCGCCUGAUAUAGAUGAAGAGGAAAUAACAGCAAGUUUCCGUCGAUUUGGUCCCCUAGUUGUGGAUUGGCCACAUAAGGCAGAAAGCAAAUCUUAUUUCCCUCCUAAGGGGUAUGCGUUUCUCCUGUUCCAGGAUGAGAGUAGUGUGCAACAGUUAAUUGAUGCCUGCAUUCAAGAUGAUGACAAGCUGUACCUGUGUGUUUCGUCGCCAACUAUUAAAGAUAAACCCGUUCAGAUCCGACCUUGGCGACUCUCUGACGCAGAUUUCGUCCUUGAUGCCUCGCUUCCGUUAGAUCCUCGCAAGACAGUGUUUGUGGGAGGUGUACCUAGGCCUCUUAAAGCUGUUGAACUUGCAAUGAUAAUGGAUCGUCUCUAUGGUGGAGUCUGCUAUGCUGGCAUUGACACAGACCCGGAGUUGAAGUACCCUAAAGGUGCUGGUCGAGUUGCGUUCUCCAAUCAGCAAAGUUAUAUUGCCGCCAUUAGUGCCCGAUUCGUACAGUUACAGCAUGGCGAUAUUGAUAAAAGGGUUGAGGUGAAACCAUACGUUUUAGAUGACCAAAUGUGCGAUGAAUGCCAGGGAGCACGUUGCGGGGGGAAGUUUGCCCCCUUCUUCUGUGCCAAUGUUACAUGCCUGCAAUACUACUGUGAACACUGUUGGCAGACCAUCCACUCUCGCCCAGGACGUGAAUUCCACAAGCCGCUAGUCAAAGAGGGAGCCGAUCGCCCCCGCACUGUACCGUUCAGAUCUCCCUGGCGGUGGCACCGAGAACCUGGGUGGUGCCUCACAAACAAGUAAAGAGAAGAAAUUUGCCAUAUACUAAGGAUACCCCCAUGCCUGCCAACUGCUGUGGGUCAAAACCAAAAGGAUAUCAAGAAAACUUCAAGCAACUCAUUCAAGCAGUCAUCAAGCAAAGUCAGUACUCCCCUCUAACCCCCACAGGAUGCCUCAUACUUUAUAUCUCACAUCCAACACUGUAAGCAAAAGCCAUCAUUUUACAGCAUCAAAAAACAAAACAAAAAAAACAACAACAACCAAAAAGAGCCAUGUUGAUUAUGGCAUAUCAUAGGAGCUUCACGUGUUUCUGUGUGUGGGUGAACCAAGGUGUGCCGUAGCGUAAUUGUCAGCCCCAUGCUUGUCCCCAAAGGCUUAGCUCUUUCUUCCACAUGACGGCCAUUGGAUAGCAUUGCUCACUUGUGAUAGGACGAUGUUUGUACACCUCUUUUUCUAGAUGGGCCAAGUUUUUCUACUUCGCAGUUUUUUCAGCAACUGGCAGAAGCAUAUGGGCUGAUGAUUCAGAUGUAGUUUACCCAUUGUAGUCGAAUCAGUUUCUGUGUUACAGAAAUCUUUGUAGUGUCUUUCACAAGCUUACCCACUGAAUGGCUAACUUGUAAAACUGUGAGAUGUGCUAAAGAUAACAGCCAACUUGAUCACUUCUCCAAAGUCAACACAAGUCAUAGCCUUGUUCUACUAUUGUGUACUAACAGAAUUUUGCAAAAUUUCUUGUGCGACAUAACCCCAAAGAUUACUAUGGUGCAUAUGUAAGCAUUAUUAUUACUGUAAUGUAAUAGGAUGGUGUUUUAUAAUUUUCAAUAUGAGUCUAGUUUACGGCUUCUGCUUCAGUGCUAUUUAAAUAUGUAUAUUAAUAUCUGAUAGGAGAUGUUUUCCUAGAGAGCAGAGUAGUCUAUGUUCUGUGGGUCGGAAGAAAAUAUAAUCUCCAGUCACUUAAAGACAGUUAUCAUUGCCAUCAUGUAUGUGGGCCAUCUUAUAGCAGUCAGUUUCACCAUUAUCCUUCACUGACUGAUCCAGAGAGUCUUGGACAAGUGCCAGCUCUGAAGAAUGUCUCGCUAUGCACAAGUCUCUUAUAACAUUCUGAGGCAGACAUUUUUGAUGGCAUUCUUGAAUUCCAGAAAGUAUUUCAAUUAAACAAAUUUUUCAUGUACUGUAUAGUGAAAAAUAGACUUUAUUGAGAGAGAACUGUACUCAACAUUGCCAUUCAUAUUUUUAGACUCAAUAGUGAACAGGAGACUAAUGAAAGGGGAAGGCUAGCCCUGACUUGCCUGUUUCAACAUCAAAGUUGUUUAGAUGAGUAUUUAAAAGAGGAUUACGAGGGCAUAUUGCUUUCUUGAUACGUAAUUAGGAUAGAAGGAUCAAAAUGGUCGAACAAGAACAAUUGAUAGUCAGCAUUUAAUGUAACUCCCAAAGU